GUCAGGACGGAAGAUGGCGGCGGCGGCGGCGGCUGGGACAGGUCCAGGGGUCCCAGAUGGGGAACCGGAGGAGUCAAACCGCGACCAUAGUACUUUUGAAUGCAACAUCUGCCUGGAGCCUGCCAGAGAAGCUGUCAUCGGCCUGUGCGGCCACCUGUACUGCUGGCCUUGUCUUCACCAGUGGCUAGAAACACGGCCACAGCGUCAGGAAUGUCCGGUGUGCAAGGCGGGCAUCAGCCGGGACAAAGUCAUCCCUCUGUAUGGGCGUGGAAGCUCUGCUCAACAGGAUCCCAGAUUGAAAACUCCCCCCCGACCUCGAGGGCAGCGCCCGGAGCCUGAGUCGCGAGGGGGCAUCGGCAGUUUUCCUGAAGCAGCCACAGGCUUCCACAUGGCAUUUGGCAUCGGUGCGUUCCCUUUUGGCUUUUUUGCUACGGGCUACAAUGCGCCAGGAGAAAGAGCAGAGACAGAGGCGGCCAGACCAUCCAGUUGGCAGGAUUCGUUAUUUCUUUUCAUUGCCAUCUUCUUUUUCUUCUGGUUGCUCAGUGUAUAACCGGCUGGACCCCGCUGAGCUUAACCUGUACUAAAGUGUAAAGAACAGAA